AUGCUCUCUACCCCGAUCAACUUGCCCAGGUGGCUCGAGGAAAACUCGCACAUGCUCCAGCCGCCCGUCAACAACUACUGCGUCUACAACCAAGACUUUACCGUCAUGAUUGUCGGCGGCCCCAACGCCCGCUCCGACUACCACAUCAACCCCACGCCCGAGUGGUUCUACCAGCACCGCGGCGCCAUGGUGCUCAAGGUCGUCGACCACGACGGCGCCUUUCGCGACGUGGUCCUCCGCCAGGGCGACAUGUUCCUCCUGCCGCCCAACACGCCCCACAACCCCGUCCGCUUCGCCGGCACCGUCGGCCUCGUGCUCGAGCAGCGCCGCCCGCCCGGCUCCGUCGACCGCAUGCGCUGGUACUGCGCGUCCUGCCCCGGCGCCGUCGUCGUCCACGAGGAAGCCUUCCACUGCGUCGACCUGGGCUCGCAGAUCAAGCAGGCCGUCGAGGAUUUCAGCCGCGACGACCAGAAGCGCCGUUGUCGUCGGUGUGGCCAGUUGGCCGACUGGGCGCCCGCGCAGGGCUCCGUUCCGGAUCCUAACCUCGGCGACGUGAGCUGA